UCUACGUCAUCAGUACGAGCCCUGAGCUUGCGGCGCAGUGGGGGUCGACUUUUCUGCGCUUUUUUUUUUGUAUUUUCCUCCCUUUUUCUGCCCUUUUAACGUUUUAAUCUUCGCCAUCAACGACAAACCUUUCAAAUAUUUCAGUUUUAUGUUUAAAUAAGCUGUGUUCCUGAGGGGAAACUUUACAUUACGUUGCCAUGGCGUCUCCAGGGGGACAAGGCGGAGCUCUGUCCAUGCGAGAGAGAGGAGCUGGAGCGGGCAAGAGAAUGAAGUGGGCUUUGGAGCUUAGCAUGGGCAACACAAGGAGUCGUUCAGAUCGUCAGGGUGGGCAGGGUGAUGUGGUUUAUCCCAUUGGUUACUCUGAGAAGCCUGUACCAGACACCAGCAUCCAGGAGACUGAUAAGAACCUGGUGGAAAAGCGCUGCUGGGACGUAGCUCUGGGGCCUCUGAAGCAGAUCCCCAUGAACCUGUUCAUCAUGUACAUGUCUGGGAACACCAUCUCCAUCUUCCCCAUCAUGAUGGUCUGUAUGAUGGCCUGGAGACCCAUUCAAGCCCUCAUGUCCAUGUCCGCAACGUUCAAACUGCUGGAGAGCUCAAGUCAGCAGUGGUUGCAGGGCCUGGUGUACUUGGUGGGGAACCUUCUGGCUUCAGCAUUGGCCAUUUACAAGUGCCAGUCUAUGGGUCUGCUGCCCACGCACUCGUCUGACUGGCUCGCCUUCAUCGAACCACCACAGCGGUUGGAGAUCAUGGGAGGAGGGAUGGUGUUGUGAAGAAGUCCUGUUCAUAGUUUAAAGUGUAUAUAUUACCGGUUGUCUUCAUAUUCUGUCAGAUUAAUAAUAAAAAUAGGUUCCAUUCACAUAGAACAACAGUCACAUCUUGAAUAAUGGCACCACUUUCUAAAGCUAUUGUAAAAAUGAUUCAACACGUUUAUUUGUGCAGACAGAGAAGGCGUUGAACUUUGUGCCAGUUGCCAGUGCUUUGUGUUAAUAGGUACAGUAAUUACAGAAAUAUUAACUAUAAACCAUGGAUUAACCUUCUCAAUUUCUGCGUGUCUUGUAUUGGCCAUUCUGUUUAGCCACACGUCUUUGCACAUUUCUUCAGACGGUUUCAUAAAUUAAAUCACAUUUUGGAUUUGUUUUUACAUUGACCACUAAAAAUGUUGUUAGUCUAAUAAUUUUUUGACAUUGACAUUUCUUAAUAUAUACUGGCCUGUUUUUCUUAAAUGAAAAUAUGAUUAAAGAUGAAUUAACAGCG